GGCCCCCGCCUACUGCCAGAAGGCAGCUGGGAAGGCUCCAGCAUGCCCCGCAACCCACUUGAGGAUCAAGUUGAUCAUCAAAAGGAUGAACGGAUGGAUGUGAUUGUAUCGUACAGGCACAAGGACCCAGCAUCCUCUUCAGGGCGACACACCUGCAAGUCGUGUUUGUCCCAACAGAGGGAAUCAAGAGCACAUUCGCAUACAAGCAUGGACAAGUACGCUGUUUGUGCGUUGGUUUUCGCGCUCGGUGCAUUUGUGCAAUUUCAUCCGGUUUUUACUCAGGAUUCUCCCAAGAUUCACCCAAAACCAGGCGAAUGUUCCCGUCGUGCUUUACUUGCACCAUCAAAAAGCGGAUGUGUGAGUGACCAAGACUGCCCUGGGGACCACAAGUGUUGCGUCUUCGACUGUGAAGAUGUCUGCGUCGCUCCUUCUUUCAAUAAGCCAGGAGUGUGUCCAGAUACGACAGGGCAGUUAGGGUAUUGUGCCUUCCUCUGCUUUGAUGACAGAGACUGUUCCGACGAGUUGAAAUGCUGCCGCAACGGAUGUGCAGGAUACAAUUGCAUGCCACCUUUCCAAGUGAAGCCGGGCCGCUGCCCUCUGCACCAAGGAACGUGUGCAGAGAAUUGCUUCCAUGACGGUCAGUGUGCAGGUGACCAGAAAUGCUGCCAGACAGCCUGUGGUCUCGCCUGUUCUCAGCCCCUCUGAGUUGACAACAAUCAACUUCAUGACAAAAAUAUUUUCCUUCAAAAUGUGCCCUGGCUAAAAUAAAGGUUGGAAAACA